UUACGCGACUAAAGGUCCGUUAGAAACGUGGGCACGCAGUUUAUGACGUGACACGACAGCACGAGCUCAACAGAGAGUCUAAACAGCCGAAGGUCGUGAUUAGCUAACAACUUAGGCUAGCAUGUAAGCUAACGCUGCUCCUGUUCGACUGUGUUGGUGGAUGAGAUGGCAGUGUGUGCACUGACCAUGUUGGAUGGGAUGGAGGAGGAGGUAGCGGCGGCGGGCGGGGUCUUGCUGCUGUUCUUGGCGCUGGUUCUGGCUUGGCUCUCAACGCACGUCGCCGACAGAGGGGACCACAUCCUGGGGACAAUCCUCACUGUGGGAGCGCACGCCUCACUCAUCGGACUCGGGGGGCACGACAGCUACAGCGGAGCAUCGGCCAACUCCAGAGAUACCCCAGAACAGCCCACACCUUCAGCGUCACAGGAGAACAAACCCGAGGAGGAGAGGAGCGACAGCGAUGGAACGAGUGAAGGAGCCGAGGACGCAGGGACCGCAUCCCUCCUCGACAUUCAGGCCAAACAACAAACAGGAACGCUACAGCUUUCUGACGACGAAGAGGACGACCCCGAGGACGAAGAGGAGGAGGAGCUGGUUAAAAAGUCAGUGAAGCACAUGUCAGCUCUGUGCGCCGCCCCGUCUCCCACGGCAACAGCCAUCUCGGUUCGACUCAAGUUCCUGAAUGAUACGGAGGAGGUGGCGGUGCUGGAGCCACAGGACACAGUGGGGGUGCUGAAAAGCAAAUACUUCUCUGGCCGGGAGCAGCAGAUUAAACUCAUCUACCAGGGCCAUCUGCUCCAGGACCCAAAGAGAACUCUGAAAUCCCUCAACAUCAACCAUAACAGCGUCAUCCACUGCCACAUCUCCCAGGCACUCCAUGAGUCCGGACCAGAGGAGGGGGCCCAAACAGGGGCCGGCUCGGGGGCCUCGGGGGGCUUCAUGGCCGCCGGAGUGGCCCUCAGCACGAGUAGCCUUGUCGUGCCUGUUUUUGUGGUGAUCCUGGCUGUAGUUUGGUACUUUCGCAUCAACUAUAGGCAGUUCUUCACCGCGCCCGCGACCAUCUCCUUGGUGGGAGUCACUGUGUUUUUUAGCUUUCUCAUUUUCGGGAUGCACAGCCGCUGAAAAGGCGAAAAAAAUGGAAUGUCGUGAGGAAAGUAAGAAUAGCUUCAGGAGUGGGAGUCGUUUGGAGAUGGUGACUCAUAGAAGUGAUGAUGGGGGGUGUGGAGCUGUACCACGGACACUUUAAACAUGACAGAAGUUUAGCUUAACCACGACUUGGCCUAUUUAAAGGGCCCAUAUUGCGCUGUGUCCUGAUCUAUGUUAUAAUGUUGUUACCUCCUCAAAAACAGACCUGGAGUUGUGUUUUAUUUCAUAUUUAACAGACAAACUGCAUAUUUAGGCUAAGUUCUUCUCUCAAACAGAAAACGCUCUGAUCCACCUUGUGAUGUCAUGUGGUAAUACAGGAACUGCUCCAGUGUGUUUUUACACUCCAUACACCUUCACUAGAAUCAUUUGGAUGAUUUCAGGUAUGGAACUGCCAAUACUGAAAAAUAGCAAAACGAAGAAAACAAUGGGACUAGUCAGGAUGCUAAUAGGUGUGAAAUCACUCAUUAGAGGCUUGAAUGACUAUGCUACGUAUGACUCAGGCACAGUGCACACUUAGGGUAGCACAAUAGACCUAGCCGACAAACAGAAACUGUAAACAAUAGCUGUUUUCAGUUUCAGUGUAGUUAGCUCCUCUCUUCAGACAGAUAUAAGGCAGUGUCCACCAGUAAUCUGACCAGAACUGAAGAAGCGGCUUGGAUGAGCAGCCAAACAUCUUCACUCCCACAACUUUUUGUCCAGUUGACAGAUUUGAUUUUUCUUUUGCUAUGGAUCAGACCUGGAGGACUGACAGAUCACUCAGAUACUGAACUACAGGUAUAAAGAGCUGUUAAAACAGUUGAAAACUUCCACUUCAUGACAUGUGUGAAUGAAACAAAACACAACUCCAGGUCUGUUUUUGAGGACAACAUUAUAACAUGGCUAAACGCUCACAAGAGUCUAUUUUGUGUAAUACAGGACCUUUAAGAAAACUCAGAAGGUCACUAUAACGUUUUAGCUUAUUUCAUUUGUACUGCUUGGUUUUCAGACAUGUCAAUGUUUUAUGUGUACAAUAUAAUGCUAAAAGUAACUGAAACAGUCAUAACUUCUCUCACACCGUUGUAACGUACUCCUUUUGGUUUAUUUAGUCUCUUUGGCUGAUUCAUUUCUGUAUGCAAAAUAGACUGUACAGCUGCAACCAGUGCAGAGCCAAUUUAAAAUAUUUCUCUUGCUUUAAAAAAAAGAAAGGUUGCGAUUUGGAUUUUGGUGAGUUAAAACAAUCACUAGAAAUGAUAGGACUCCUUUAAUGUACAUAGUUGUAUGUAAAUAAAAAAGAUUGACUCAGAUGGAUUUGCAUCUGGCACUUAAGGGUUUGAAGUAUCUGUAGACCAUAAGCGUCUAUGGGAGGAACUGUAUUCUAAUGCUGGACUGUUUGACUUCAGAAAUGUUCCAGAAUAAAGCAUUUGAAACCA